ACUGACUCGCCGCCGCCGAAGGAAAGCCUGCACGACGCGCCCCUGGGUUCGCGCGUGUUGGGUGUGUGUGUGUGUCGGGUGUGUGCGUGUGUGUGUGUGUCGUCAGAUUGGAAAAAGCGUGUGCGUGCGUGCGUGUUUUUUUUGUGCAGUGCAUCCGCUUGCCUCGCCGGUUCUGGGCCCAUCUUUACCUUCCCUUUUGGCCGCGCGAAUGAAGCGCCGCAGUGCACACACAGGCAAACACAAGGCGCUGCCGUUAGAGAAAUAGAGGAAAGAGGGGAGAAAGUACCACUUAGAAUUUACCAACCCGUCGCGCUAAACGGCAUGAUAAAGAAACAAUCGUAGUGCGGGCAACUUCUGCGUAAUUCGGCCUUGUUUUUUGUUGCUGUUCGGCUUUAGUGUGUAAAACUGUAUUUUUCUUUAAGUCUACACCACCCACACCAUCUCACUUGCAAAAGCACCGACCAAAACGGUCGAAUGUUCGAGCAACCGUGUGUCCCGCUAUACUGCCGUGUGACAUUGUCUGCCCCAUAGUGCGUGUGCGUUACGCCCGGUUACGUUGCGUUACUCGGUCGCCGACCGAGUUUAGUGCCUAGCAGAACGCAACCUUGCUGCGUGUGCUGAUGAUGUAGGUGCCAUUGCCAUUGGUUGUGCCAAUUUUGCUACAUACGAGCCGCCCUCCCAGAGAUACUAAUCUCGGGGUCUGCACGCCUGCUGGAACCGAAACUGCUGCCUGUUGCAACAUCCUUUGCGGGUCGCGUUCGUUUUCAAAAGCCACCGGAGAAGAGACUUGCGCGUAGAAUUACGCGAAUGGCGACGGUCAUCUCACUGUUGGCUAACCACUGCAACAGUCCCUUCGAGCAGCAUCACCAGCAGCAGCAGCCGCUACUCCAGUGUCCAGUGUACGAGCCGGGACCGGUAACGCUUCAGCAGCGAUACAGCGGUACCGGCGGCGGUGGUGGUCGUAACCGAUCCGAACCGGCGGCGACGUAUCAGCAGCAGCAGCUGGACGCGUUAGAUUUUCAUCUGUUCAGCCGAACGCUCGAGCAAGAGUUCGAACAAAUGGAAUACUCCGGAAGUCCCGGUCCUUACCAACAGUACCAGCAGCACGAUCAGCAGCAGCAGCAGCAGCAGCAACAGCAAGCAUCAGCAAGACGUCAAGGGCAGCAAGAUUUCGAGCAGAUCUCCCCCGGCUACAACCUGGAUAGCGAAGACACGUACAGCGGUUCGCCGAACAACUUCCAGGACUACCAGAACAACUUUGUCGAUUCGCCGCCCGAUUCGAAGGAACCGUGGCCGAUCGACUACAACAAGAUGCACACCGUGAUCGCGUCGAGCAGCGGUGCCAACGAUACGACGAACGCAUCGCCGACCGUCACGUCGGUCGCGGUUGCUACGGUGGCCGGUCCCACGAUUGCUGCCGUAACCUCUCUCCAUCAUCAGCAACAGCAGCAGCAGCAGCAGCCGCAGCAGGAUAAUGGUGGAAUAUUCUUAAACAACGCCAUACUUCCCAGUCGAAAGCGACGGGUGGAAUGGAUGUCACCACAGGAGGAGGACACCGACGGCACCGAGACAAAGAUUGCCAACAUCGAUAAGGAGCGUGACGCACGUCGCAAGGGAAGCAUGCGUUGGGCCGAUGAUCUUGAUUUGGACCUCAGCAAUGAGCUCUCCAGCAACGGAUACAUUAGUGAUUCGCUGUUGAAUUUCCCUGUGUUCAAGCAAGAACUUCCAUCUCCUCCUCAGAAGCAUUCUCAGCAUCAGCAACACUCCCAACAACAACAACAACAGCAACAACAACAUCAACUCCAUCAACAACAGCAGCAAAGUUUGCACCAGCAGGCAGCUGCAGCAGCAGCAGCAGCAGCGGCGGCAGGCAGCUCACAGGAUCAUUCGCAACCAUCCCAACACACCACCCCGUCCGGUUUGCAACCAUCGCUGAGUGGAAAUGUUCCCAACUCUCACCAACAGCAGCAACAACAACAGGUUGCCCAACAACAAUAUCACCAGCAACAGCAGGGUCAAAACUCGAUGAACGGUCCCGGUUUGAUGAACAAUGCGACUCAUCAGCAAGCGGUAGGAGCGAUCGGUGCCGGGCUGAGCAAUCUGCAGAGCUUUCUGCAGAGCAACCGGCUGGACACUGAUCCAAGUGGAGGCAUUUUGCAGAUGCAGCAGGAUGGCACGCUGACAGCGGCACGUGGUGACAAAACACAUGACGAUCAUAAUCGGUUCCAGUACGUGCUGGCGGCCGCAACCUCGAUCGCGACGAAGAACAAUGAAGAAUCUCUCACCUACCUUAACCAGGGCCAGAGCUACGAGAUCAAGCUGAAGAAGCUUGGCGAUCUGUCCCCGUUCCGGGGGAAGAUUCUGAAGAGUAUUAUCAAGAUAUGCUUCCACGAGCGCCGGCUGCAGUACAUGGAGCGGGAGCAGAUGCAGCUCUGGCAGGCGUCCCGGCCCGGCGAGCGCAUCCUGGACGUGGACAUCCCGCUGUCGUACGGGUUGAUGCAGGUGCAGCCGACCAGCAGCAACCUGCUCAACACGAUCGAGGUGUUCUGGGACCCGAUGAAGGAGGUCGGUGUGUACGUGAAGGUGAACUGCAUUUCCACCGAAUUUACGCCCAAAAAGCAUGGCGGCGAGAAGGGUGUACCGUUCCGGAUUCAGGUAGAAACGUACAUCGACACCAACGGUGGGCUGCACAAUGGUGGUGGCGGCGGCGGCGGUGCUAAUGCGACGGCGGUCGGCGCAGUGGACGAUAAGGACGGCAUACGACCGCUCCAUGCGGCUGCUUGCCAGAUAAAGGUGUUUAAAUUGAAGGGAGCCGACCGGAAGCACAAACAGGAUCGGGAGAAAAUACUCAAGCGUCCGGUGGCGGAGCAGGAGAAGUACCAGCGCAGCUGCGACUGCACGAUACUGACCGACAUUACGACCGACUCCGUCAUCCAGCCGCUCGGUGGCAGCUUUAGCCCCGAACACAUUAAACGUAACGUGUCACCGCUGCUGACCGGUGGACCCACCUCACCUGGGCAGCUGAACAAGUUCGAAAACAUCAUGUCGAGCGUGCUGGGCGGUGGCGGUGUUGCCCCGAACGGGCUUAGCCCGGGGGUGAAACCGACCCCGACGACGACCGCAGCGACGGCGGCGAUGGUUGUAGCGGCGGCCGCCGCCGCCGUUGCCGGCGUACAGGCCAACCAUCCGAUCGGCAUCAGCAACGUGAGCUCCACGAACGGGCUGUGCAAAGCGUCCCCGCUCGGUGGCGAGCAGCCGAUUGGCGGUGUACUGUCGCCCCAGCAACCGAGCGAGCUGGACGAUUACGUGCCGACCAUUACGAAGGAAACGAGCCCGGGCUCGCUGGCGCAGUGGCUGGCCGUGCACCGGCUGUCCGCGUACACGAAAACGUUCGCCCAAUUUUCCGGCUCGGAUCUAUUAAGAAUGUCCAAGGAAGAUCUUUGCAAAAUCUGUGGCCUUGCGGAUGGGAUUCGAAUGUUCAACAUUCUCCAUUCAAAAGCCAUCACGCCACGCCUGACGAUCUACGUGAGUUUCGAAGCAAACAUCUACCACGCGAUCUAUCUGCACUCCAACACGAUCCCGGAGCUGGUGCAGAAUCUGUCGAAAAUUCCCGGCUUCCUAGAGGCGAUCAACGCACUCAACACGCCCAAAUCGUCCGACGGGGGGCUCUGGAAUGGUGGGAGCACUUUCGGGGCGGCGGGCCGUUCGUCGCUUAACGCCGGUGGCGUCGUUGCCGCUUCCAGCAGUGGUGGAGCUGGCGGCAAUGGUGGUGGUGGUCUUGGUGGUAAAUUUUCCACCCCCGGUGCCAUAUCACUGUCCGUGCCGUCCCCUUCGUCCCCGCCGAUCUCGUCCUCGUGCGGCAUUGCCAAGCUGCAGCUGCUGAUUAAUGGCCCGAACGGCAUCCAGGUGCUGCUGACCGAGGAUGUGCUGAACAACGUGAAGGACGAGACACUGUUCCAGCUGGAGCUAAAAUCGAACGGAAAUAUACUGAUGAAAGCGGUCCACAGUGUUACGGCGGCCGGUGGCCCAGACUGCUCGAUCGACGACGAUGCGAACUGAAUGCGGUUGGGAAGGGGCAUUUUUAGUUGCAUCAAAGGGUGACACGAUGGGGGUGCGAUUGAGGGGUUGUGGUACCUCACUUUUUUAUGUUGUUGUUACGUACAAUAGUUUUAUACUUUAUGCUUUUGCUGUACUUUUUUUAUCACACAAACGAUGUUUUCGGUUACGGAGUCGGGUUUAGGUACGGCAGCGCUAGUGAUAGUGUGCUUGUGUGUGUGUGCGUGUAUGUGUGUAUGGUGUGUUGUAAGGUGUAUUCGCCUUUUUGCCCGUCAAAUAACAUCUGGAGCAAGUAAAAAACAACAGGAACUUAUCCGUCGAAGGAGAAUGAUAUUGGCACAAUGUGAUUUGGGAUAGGAUGAUGGGCAGAACCGGAAGGAUAGGGAUGCAAUGUUGGGAUGUGCAGGGGGAGUUAUUUGAAGGAAGGACAAACAAGCAUGUCCUUAUUCCCCUGCCUUUCACACUCACCGCCUCCGCGCUUCCGACAGACACCACUCUCAGGGUUUUGUUCUGUAUACAUGGUUGCUUCACAAGGGCGCGAUGAUUCAGUAACAACGGCGUGGCUGUGGAGAGGUAAAAUGGAAGAAAGAUCUUACGACUGGUUCGUAUACUCAAAGCAUUUAGCACAGCUGUGUGAGAAUGGAAUCGAGAGAAAAAGAGAGAAAUGUCGAAAGAGAGAGAGAGAGAGAAAAUACACCUGUGGCCACGGUAAAGUGCAAUGAACAGUAAAGUGAUUGACUUUUUUGUCAUUGUUGUUUUUUGUUUCUGCAUCGGUAUUCAGCUACAAGAAUGCGAUAUUGAAUGCUCCGUUUUUUGCGUGGGGAAAGUAAAUAUAUACACAAACAAAAUCCAUAAACACUACAUUAGUACAAAGCAGCAUUAGGUUAAGGCGUUAGUGUUAUUUUAAAACGUUUUAGACUUAAAUGUACGCAAUCAUGUACCACGCGUCGUACGCCAUCGGAUGAUUGUUAAUAAUAUGCUUUUUUAGGGUACAUGUACACACACAACACUCUGUUCUUAAUUGUCUGUUUUAUAUACAUUAUAGUUUUUUUUACAAAAAAAAAGAAAGAAGAAAGGCAAGUACGUGUUCCAAGAACGUACAUACUUUUUUGUUAUGUUUUUAGCUAAGCUGUGCAGAAAAUUUGUAUUGUAAAUUAAUAAUUUGAUUUAAAUAUUAACAUAUUUUAAACUGAAA